GUGGCCGGGGCGUGGCCGCUCGGAGCCGCCGGAGCCGCCGGAGCCGCCGCGCCCGCGAUGGAGCCCAACAGCCCCCGCAAGAUCCAGUUCACGGUCCCGCUGCUGGAGCCGCACCUGGACCCCGAGGCGGCCGAGCAGAUCCGGAGGCGCCGCCCGACCCCGGCCAACCUGGUCCUGAGCAGUGACCAAUCGUCCCCAGAGAUCGACGAGGACCGGCUGCCCAACCCCCUGCUGAAGUCCGGCCUGGCCAUGUCCCCCCGGCAGAGGAAGAAGGUGUCCCGCAGCACCCCCACCAUGAAAGAGCUGCAGAUGAUGGUGGAGCACCACCUGUGCAAGCAGGCGCAGGGCGGCGACGACGACGACGAGGUGGCGGCCACCGCGCGCUGCCACCGCGGCGACCCCGAGCACCGGCACAGCCCCGGCGGCUCCUGCCCCGCCCCGGGCGGCCACCGGACCCCCGGGGAUGGGACCCCCCAGGCCGGGACCCCCCAGGCCGGGACCCCCCGGGCCGGGACCCCCGGGACCGCGCGGCGCAGCCGGGCUGAGGACGGGAGCCAUAUAGAGCCUGGGGACAGCAGCGGCCACUAGGUGUGGCCGCAGCAGCCGGACGCCAGCGCAGAUUUUUUUAUUCCAUUUUCUAAGAUUUUGGGGCUGCCCAGAAUUCUUUUGGGAUUUUAUUUUAUUUUAUUUUAUUUUAUUUUAUUUUAUUUUAUUUUAUUUUAUUUUAUUUUAUUUUAUUUUAUUUUAUUUUAUUCCCACGGGCAGGUCCCCACCGGGGGGAGGGGCCUGGGGACAACGCCAGGGCUGUCCCCUCCCCCUGGGGACCUCAGGGCAGGUGACACUGGGGACACUGAGCAGAACCCCCCCUCACUGCCACCCCCGGGUCCCCGGGGCAGGUGACACGUGCCACACACCCCCCUCCCCCC